ACGCUUGCGUGGAAGCCCGGCUGACUUUUUGUUUAUGUUUAAAAAGCAAUCAGCAGCGUUACAUUUUUAUUCGGUAAAGUCAUGAUUAGCCUUGUUUGAGUCGAUUUGAACGUCAGUUUACGUGGCUAUGAAGGGUAGUUACUAAGAUUUUCCAGAGGCAAGUCUUACCAGUGGCUGAAGUUACCAUCCACUGUCAUGUCCGAUUUGAAAAUACCAAGAUGAUCAGGCUGAUGCUUCACAUCAGGACUUGACUAAGCAGUGGAUGAUGCCAGCAUGCUUAUGUCCAUCUUUUAAAUACAGUUUCUGGUUUUUGAUCGAGUCUUCCUGUUCAUCUGAUAAUGUUUUCUUUGAAGACUAUGAUGGCCUCGAAGGCUACCAAGCAGACUUCAACUGCAGCAUCCAAGAUAAAAAAUAAGCUUCUCAAUACCUCGUCCUUCUUCAAGGUCUCUUUGAAGACCAACAACAAAGCCUUAGCUCUGGCCUUGCAAGCUCAGAGGAGGAGAAGCAGCCAGCUGGAGAUGGAGGUCAUGUACCUGCAGAAACAAGUGGACGCUCUCUGCUUUGAAUUAGCCACCAAGAAAUACAAGCACAGAAAACUGCUCCUUGUCUUGAACAACUUCCGUAGUAAUGCUUUGCAGCACCUGGACAUGGUGGCAGACCUGUUCUCUGACAGCGAUUCUCAGAGCCUUUCAGGAGAUCCCCGGAUCUCGUCUGGUGACAUCAGAAGGGAAAAUCUUGCAGCUGGAAGCUGCAUCGCCCUGUUGUCAUCGCCCUGUCAGGUGGACCCAAGCUUUCAGUUACCGCUGCAGACAGAUGUUUCAAGGAAUUUGUGGUGUACCAGCAAAAACACAACAUCUGCCCUGCUUGAAAAUGCCAUCAACGAGGACGUCUCUACUUUUCCAAAUACAUGUGAAAAGUCGACUGAUGUUUGCAACGAUAACACAGAAGCUGAAAAAAGGCUGUCCACCCAGUGCGCACAGACUGCCCACAUAGAAGCGUCUGGCAUGGCCAAUACUCCGAGGGAAGAUGUGGAGAAUCCCUCUCAGUCCCAGGCUGAUAUUCAUUCCGUCGUCUCUGUUCAGAACAGUCAGACUUGUGAAAAAUCCACACCAUCCCUUUCUGGAGAUCAGAAUCUUCCCAGUGUCUCCACCAUGGAAAGUGAAACACAGCUUGGCAAAAAUCAAGAGAAAACUGUUUUGCUCAAUGCAACCAUGGAGAUGACCUUAAGUGAAGCCACUGAGAUAGUCACUGUGGAAACCAAAGCGAAAAAAAAAGUCAGCUCUGGCAGAAAGGACAAGGAGCAAAGCUGCGGCUCAAGUAUAGAAGUGCAGAAGUCUGCAUCUUUGUUACAAGCACAUAAAAAGCCGUUGAAGGAUCAAAGUACUGCCACUGUCACUUGCAUUCCUAAACUGGGCAAGCAUCAGAAAGUAUCAAAGGAUAAAGUCAAAUCUUCUGACCGCACUAACAUCACAAAUGUAGACCAAAUGGAUGUGGAAGAUUACUUCUCUGAUCCUAAAAUUAGGUUUUCAAGCACCAGCAGAAGUGUGGCUGAAGAAGCAAGUUCCAAAAUAACAUGCAGGAAGUCCAGAGCUAAAGGAAAGAGGGCCUCUUCAGUAACCAGGAAAACAUUCACUGUGCCGUCUGAUGAAAGUGAGAGCAGCCAAUCCCACCAGGAGAAAGUCCAAAAACCUAAAGCAGGAGACGAAAGCUUACAGUCUCAAGUCUCGGAGGACGCUCUGCUUUGUGCACAACCAGAGUCAGAGCACGCGGCGCGUCUGUCCUUUAGCAAAACUAAUACUGUUACUAAUUCUAGGGGAGGUCACAAAUCAAGAUGCAGGGAGACAUUUGUUAUCUCAAUAACCGGCGACAGUAACUCACCAGAGCAUGAUGUGGCGCCUCCUACAGGAUCUAGCUCUCAGGCAGAAGAAGCAGUCAUGAAGAAAAGCGUUGUUGGACAUUUAGCAUCAAGCAAUCGUUCAAAGACUCGGCGCUCUGGGAAGCGAUCCUGGGUGGCCACUCAGGACUUUGGGAACUGUCGAGAAGACUCGAGUAGCGGUGACAGUGGUGAAGCACUGCCACUGGACUGGCAGGCGGCUUUAGGGUCACAGUUUCAAAAACCUAAAAAAUCCAGGAGAGACAAAACAGGGCAGCCCUGCAGGAACAAAGUGGUGCAGCGAGAAGAGGGUGAUGACUUGUUAGAUGACAAGACGAAGAAAAAAGACAACAAAGACUUAAGAUCUGAGAGUGAAACAUGUUAUCCUCCUGACCCUAGAGACGCCUCCGCUCUCUGCCUUGAUUCUGAAAUCGCUAAAGAUCAAUUACAUGAUUUACAAAUGCUCAACUCACAUUCUGUCAUCAGCGAAAAGCAUGAAAUCUUUGAACAUUUGAAUGAUUCGCAGUCCAGGAGGGAUUCGAGUCCCACAUCAUCUAGAAAUGUAUUCAUGCUGAACACAGCCACGGAAACCAGAUAUCCCAGGAAGACUUUUGUUGUCUACAGACGGAAAACUAAGAACAGAAGUGGAUGUAGUUCUGAAAACAUCACCAGGAUGUCGAAUGCAUCGGACACCUGCACUCACAUGGUGGACACUAGCGACCAGUCAGUUCAUCAGAAUGUGGGCGACCUGCUGAUGGAUGAGCUGCCGCCGUGGCUGGACGUGGAUAACAGCACAGCUCACAUCGAUGUGGACUCUCUACCCGCCACUCCAAGCAGGGAAACACCAGGCAGGCUUGCGACAAUUGGAACGGCUGAAGCCUCUCCAGCACUGCAUGGAGCAUGCUAUGAUGCUGUGCUUAGCAGUACCUCAGGAAGAAGAAGAGUCUUAUCGACAGUAACCAACACUUUUACAACACCAGACUGUGAAAAUGGAGAGAGAAGCAGGAGACGGAGACCUGGGAAGGGUGCCGUGAGUUACAAGGAGCCGCCUCUUAACAGCAAAAUAAGGCGUGGAGAUAAAUUCACUGACACCACAUUCCUGAGUUCUCCUGUGUUUAAGGAUGGCCGGAAGAAGAAGAAGAAGAUGACGACGACGACUGUCAACUGAUAAUUUGGCUUUUUUCCAUUUUACUGUUUUUAAAAAUGAUUUUAUGCUGUUUUCUUAUUAAAGUUGUUUGCUAAAAUCAUUUUUCUACAGAUUCAACCAGAAAGUAUUGUGUGUCUUUAAGUGCUUUACAUUUCACAUUAAAGUAGAAAUUUGAAGUA